AUGCAACUCAUCACCCUUUCCACCUUAUUCUUCAUCGCAUCCGCCUUGGCGGCAGACUGCUCCGGCAACAGUAACAGUCGUCUCGAAGAAUUCAAAGAAGCAUACUGGAGCGCUCGUGAGAAAAUGUGCAGCAACUCUGACUGCACCUACCAAGCGGCGUGUACAAUCAGUGCCCAGAAGUCAGUCGGCUCUUCUUGGGCCAAGACUACCGUCGUGGCUGAGCUCAAGCGUAAGAAUACUGGAGGCAAGAAGGGGUUCAAGGAUUGCUGGGGAUAUCAUCAACCAGUGUGUUAUUGGUAA